ACGCUUUAAGAUCGAAAUUAAGGAAUUUUCUCUGAAAUUGACGAAUUAACCAUGUCGUCUGCCCCUAAAGAUGUCGGUGCUUAUUUAAGCGAACAACAGAGAAAAAGUACAGGUGAUUUAGCUACAGAAUGGGGUAAAAUUGAGGAACUCUAUAACAAAAAACUUUGGCACCAACUUACUCUUCAUCUUUUGACUUUUGUCAAAAACCCUGCAUUUUCCAAAGGUGACGGGCUUGUCAAGAUGUAUGAAAACUUCAUCUCAGACUUUGAACAUAGAAUUAACCAGAAAGCUUUGAUGCAGAUUGGUGUUGUUGUGGUCAAGCAAAUUCCUGAUGUCAAAUCUUCUCUAGAAUUCUUGGAAAAGUUGAAAGAAAAAUUGAAAGGAAAUCAAGAGGCUGUUAUUCUUCUGAACACAACUGUAGGAAGUAUUAAACUAAAAAAUCGUAAUUUUGAUGGAACCAAGACUAUCGUUGAAGAAUGCUCUGCUAUGUUGGAUAACAUGGAUGGUGUCACUUCAGUUCAUAGCACAUUUUAUGAGCUGUCGAGCAACUAUUACAAGUUGGUGGGAAACCAUGCAGAAUACUACAAAAAUGCCCUACGGUUCCUUGGCUGUACAGAACUUGCUGAAAUUCCAAGUGGUGAACAAGUUGAAAGAGCAUACAACCUAGGUUUGGCAGCAAUAUUGGGGGAAGGAGUUUAUAAUUUUGGUGAACUACUGGCUCAUCCAAUUUUAGAAAGUCUGAAGCCAACUGAUAAAUCUUGGAUUGUAGAUCUAUUGUAUGCGUUCAAUUCUGGCAACAUUGCAAAGUUUGAUGAAUUGAAAAAGCAUUGGCAGGGUCAACCUGAUCUGGCUGCUAAUGAGAUACCGAUGCGUCAAAAAAUUUCUCUGUUAUGUUUGAUGGAAAUGACAUUCAGAAGACCUGCAACUGACCGACAACUGACCUUCACUGAUAUUUCCAGUAGUGCCCGAAUUCCUGGUCCUGAAGUUGAACUGUUAGUAAUGAAAGCUCUCAGCUUAGGUUUAGUGAAAGGAUCUAUUGAUGAAGUUGACCAAAAGGUUCAUAUGUCCUGGGUACAGCCUCGUGUUCUUGAUACAGAACAAAUCUCUACCAUGCAGUCAAAAUUAGAUCAAUGGUGCGAAGAUGUUAAACAAAUGGAAAGACUUGUUGAAGUUCGUGCUCAUGACAUUCUAACAUAAUUAGUGAUUUCACUUUAAAGGGGCUAAAUCAUGACACAGUGACUUAUAAUAAUGAGCUGAAAGUCUUGCAGAACCAACAGUGAAAAUAUUUGUCAUUGUAAUUAUAUUUUUACAUUUUUAAUCUUCAUGUACUAAGCAAGUUAAAAAAAAUUCAGUUUUCUAUCUUAUUGCAAUUUUUCAUUUGGUUUUACAGAAAGGUUUAUUCAGAAUAGGAUACGCCCUAUUUAUUAAGAAUUAAGAUGGUCAAGGGUGUCUUUUUAAUAUCCUACCUCCUACCUCAACAAAUGAUCAAACUUCAGUGAAUAUAGUUCUCAUUGUGAUGAUUACCUGAUAUCUGAAUCAGUCCAAAUUAGUGAGACAAAUAACAGUACUUAGACUUUUUUGAUCCAAGGUUACAGAUUGAUUGGGCUCUUGAUCAAUUGGGUUGUAUAGAGUGCUAUACCUGAGUCUAAUUUCAAAAGCCCCUAAGUGACUUGUAUUCUAGAAGUAUAUUUGUAGGAUUUUAGCCCCUUUAAAGAAAUCACUUUGAGAUAUUGAUCAUUUAAAUUGUUUAUCAUCUGUUAAUAUUAUGUUAUUUGAUUUUGUCAUGUGUGUAAGAAAUUCAUAUAAAUUGUAGACCAU